AUGUCCUCCAACGUUGGUUUAUCCACUCCCCGCGGCAGCGGUACAUCAGGCUACGUCCAACGCAACAACGCCUUCAUCAAACCCCGCAGCACAGGCUCAGGUGCCCCCUACCCACCCCUCACAGGCGCAAACGGCAGCGGCCCAGACUACGGCUUCAAGCAGCGUGUACCCGAUAAGCAGAUCCUGGAACAUGAUCGGCGCCGUGCGAUUGAGGUGAAGGUUAUGGAGGAGCGGGAGAGACUGGAAGAGGAGAACGAGAAGAUUGAGGAGGAGAUUAGUGCCAAUAAGAAGAAGGGUAGCGGCAAAAAGAAGGAUGUUGAGGCCGAAGAGAAGGAGGAGGGGGAGGAGGAUGGGGAUCGGGGCGUGCGGAGGGUGCUUUCUGAAGAGGAGAUUGAUGAGCGGUGUGAGGUUCUUAGGAAGAGGUUGCUCAAGGAGAUGGAGGAUGCAGCUGGAGCUGGGGAUAGACCAGGGCCUGUGCGGAGGAAGUGGGAUUCUGGGUCUGGGUCUGGGUCUGGGAAGGAUCGGAGGAUUAAGUCUUAUCAGGUUCAUGAGCUGGCUGAGGCUAAGAUUGAGGAGAGUGAACGGUUGCGGAGAGCGUUGGGGAUUCGAGAGGAUAGAGAGACUGGGGCUAUUAGUAGUACUCGGGAAAGAAGGCCGAGGGAUUCUCGGGAUUGA